AUGCGUAUUCUUUUACUACUUUCGGCAAGUUUUCUCGUCAUAUAUCAGGUUCACGCAUACAGCGCUGCAACAUGUCCAUCUAACAUUCCAGAAUUUUCCCGCGAAGAUUGUUACCCCAGCGGAGGGGCGAGUGAAUCGAGUUGCAUUUCAAAAGGAUGUCUAUGGUGCGAGACAGCAGAUUACAGUAACCCAAAUCAGUAUCCGUGGUGUUUCUACGACACGUCUGCAACAACUCAAACUCCAAGUGGAGAAUGUACCGACUGCUCAUGUCAAAAUAAGAGAGAUUGCUAUCCGGAAGCUGGAUCCUCGCAGUCUGGUUGUCUUGCAAGGGGUUGUCUAUGGUGCGAGAGCAACAUACAAGGAGAACCAUGGUGCUUCCACAGUGACAACACUGCGACUGCGGCUACUGGAGCAACAGAGUCUCCCGGUGAAUGCACCACGUGUUCCUGCUCCAACAAGAUCGAUUGUUACCCAGAACCGGGGUCGUCUGAGCAAGGUUGCGCAUCGCGAGGUUGCUUGUGGUGUCCUAGUGGUAUCCAAGGAGAACCUUGGUGUAUUACUUCAAACGGAGUUACCGCACCACCAGGAACAGGCGGUGGAGGUGGCGUUUGUCCAACUGAUAUCCCUGAAUCCAAUAGAAUUGAUUGUUGGCCUGGCGGUGGCGCUAGUGCAGGAGGAUGUGUGGAUUCGGGGUGUAUUUGGUGCGAAAGCAAUACUCCUGACACUCCUUGGUGCUUUUUCAAUACCACCGAUCUACCUGAAGGAAUUCCUGACGAAGAAAGAAUAAAUUGCAUACCAGAAGGAGGAUUCAGUCCAAAUGAAUGUGAAGCUAGAGGCUGUGUUUUUGCCUCAGCAGGAUCGCAAGCCGCACCGAUGUGCUAUUUCCCAGACACAUACGGAUAUCAAAUGGUUGGGAGUCCCGUAUCAACUGCCACAGGAUUUGAAAUAACGCUCGCAAGAGUUUCCGCUGGUUCUUUGUAUGGAAAUGAUGCCGAAAAUUUGCUUUUGACAAUUGAUUAUGACACAGACUACAGAAUCCACUGGAAAUUUACUGAUAUUGCUAAUAGUGACCGAUUUGAAGUUCCGUUGACAAUUAAUGGAGCAUCUGGAACGAAAUCUAUAAACACUUUGUACGACUUCGCCUACACAAAUAAUCCCGUAUUCAGCUUCCAGAUUGUAAGAAAAUCAUCUGGUGCAGUUUUGUGGGACACAUCUCUUGGUGGCCUGACUUUCAGUGAUCAAUUCUUACAAAUUGCUACCAGAGUACCCGAAGGAAUGACCGUGUAUGGCUUUGGAGAAACGGAACAUGAAACUCUGAAGCACAAAUUUGAUUGGAGUGCAUGGGGUAUGUAUUCUCGAGAUCAACCACCAGCCGGAGUGGGGAACUUGUAUGGUGUACACCCUUUCUACGUGGCGAUUGAACAAGACGCGAGUUCUCACGGAGUGCUUCUUCUAAACUCCGCUGCGCAAGACAUCACAUUCACCCCUGCACCUGGACUUCUUUACAGAACAAUAGGCGGCGUUCUUGAUUUCUAUAUGUUUUUUGGUCCUGAACCCAAGGCCGUAAUAGAACAAUACAAUGAAGCAAUCGGAAAACCAUUUUUUCCACCGUAUUGGUCACUUGGUUUUCAGUUAUGUAGAUAUGGAUAUGGAAGCCUAACAACUGUAAAAGAAACAGUCCAACGCAUGGAUAGUUAUAGAAUACCUCUGGACGUACAAUAUGGCGACAUCGAUUACAUGGACGAACAACGCGAUUUCACCUACGACCAUACCACCUACGCUGGGUUGCCAGAAUACGUUAAAGAGCUACAGGCGGGUGGAAAACAUUAUGUCAUAAUUCUGGAUCCAUGUUUGACCGCAGACGACCCACCCGGUGCUUAUCCUCCAUACGAAAGAGGUGUAGCUGCCGACGCCUAUGUCAAAAAUGCGGACGGAACCGACGCGCUUGGGAAGGUAUGGCCGCCUGGUAACAGCGUAUUCCCGGAUUAUUCCAGUCCUUCCGCUCAAGCAUGGUGGACAGAUGAAUGCAAACGUUUCCAUGAUGUGAUCAGCUUUGAUGGAUUGUGGAUUGACAUGAAUGAACCAGCAAACUUCGUAACAGGAAGUGUGACGGGAUGCAAUGACAAUACAAUAAACUAUCCUCCUUAUCACCCCCUGAUCUGGGGUGACACACUGGCAGACAAAAGUAUGUGUCCGGAUGCACAACAUUUCAUGGGCUCCCACUAUGAUACACACAGUCUUUAUGGAUGGAGUGAAGCUUACGCUACAUAUAAUGCUGCAUACCAAUCAACAAAUAAAAGACCCUUUGUUGUAUCUCGUAGUACAUUCCCUGGUUCGGGCACUUGGGCAGCUCACUGGUUGGGUGACAAUAAUUCGGGUUGGUCCGAUCUGAAGAAUUCCGUAAUCGGAAUGCUUGAAUUCAACUUCUUUGGAAUUCCAUACAUUGGUGCUGAUAUCUGUGGCUUUAAUGGAAAUGUCAAUGAAGAUCUAUGCGAGCGAUGGAUGGAACUUGGAUCAUUUUAUCCAUACGCUCGUAAUCACAACGGUAUAGGGUAUGCCGAGCAAGAUCCAGCGUCAUUUGGUGACACCUUUGCGGCUCGUGCAAAAUACAAUCUCGAAACAAGAUACACCUUACUACCAUACCUUUACACUCUAUUCUACGAAGCUGCAACCAAAGGUAGUGGUGUAGUGCGCCCUCUAUCUUUCGAGUUUCCAACUGAUGCAGCAACGCACACAAUUGAUGAACAAUUUAUGUGGGGGAGUGGACUGUUGUUUUCACCCGUGUUAUACGAAGGACUUUCAUCUGUUGAUGCCUAUUUCCCAGAUGCCAGAUGGUACGACUACUACAAUGGUGUCGAAGUUGGUGUGAGACAAGGAGAAAUGUCGGUCCCUGCUCCUCUGGGAACUAUUCCUAUUCAUGUUCGCGGAGGCUCAAUUCUGCCCACUCAAGAUCCAGCAGUGAAUACGGUACUGUCAAGAAAUAAUCCCUUCGGUCUCAUCAUUGCUUUGGAUGACAGUGGUAAUGCUAAUGGAGAACUGUUCUGGGACGAUGGUGAUACAAUGGAAACAAUAGAGAAUGGAGACUAUGCUCUUUUCAGAUUCUCAGUUUCAAAUGGACAACUCACAACAGCACUAAUCAACCCGAACAACAUAAUCAAUAGUAUGGUAAUGGGAUCACUCAGAAUAUUUGGAGUUACAUCGAAUCCAAGCACUCUUUAUGUCAACGGAAUGCCUAAACUUUUCAGUUUCAGCAACGGGGUCAUCGAGGUAGAUGGAAUGGAUGAAGUUAUGUCAGCGUCUUUCAACGUGCAGUGGUGAAAAGUCUUUCCAUAGUGCUUUAUCGAAAUAUAUCAUUCAAAACUUAAUAAUUAGUUGUCAUUGAAACAAAUUAAUAAACUUGGAAACAACAAAGUA